AUGCUUAACAUUUGUUUAAGUGGAUUUGAUUCAAAAGAAAAGACUACUCUAUCAUAAUUUAUAGAAGAACUUUCAGAUCUAGGAUUUAAAUAGUCUUAAGGAAUGACUUUCUAAGUUAAUGUUUUGGUGUGUAAUUCGGCUUUUUAGUCAGAUAAAUAUAAAGUAUUAUGAUUGCCAUAAAAGGUAGCAAAAAGACUAGAUAUUGAUGUAGUAAAUAAAGAAUGGAUCUAUAAUUGUUAUAAUUAACACUAAAAAAUAGAUACAAAAAAAUAUUUACUUAAACCAUUCAGAAAUAUCAAAUUGGCGCUAUUAGGUUUUAUGAAAAGUGAACUUGACAAAUUAAAAGAUUUUAUAGUUAAAAAUGAAGGUGUUGUUGAAACAGAUAUAAAUCAAUCUGAUCUUGUUGUCUUUAAAAAAGGCUCUUAAUUUGAGUUCGAAUUAAAAAAUUGCACAAAAUGUUUAGUUGAUUCUGAUUGGAUUAUGUAAUGUUAUGAAAGAACUGAAUUCGUACCAACUCAAUAUUUCUAAUAUAAUUAAUAAAAAUUGAAUGCAAGAGAAUUAUUAGAAAAUUUAUAAGGAAGUGGUGUACUGGAAGCAUUAAAAAAAGUACAACUAUCUGAAUAUUGUUAUCUAACUAAUUGUGUGAUAUAUAUAGCUGUUAAAGAUGAUAAUUUAAAGAGAAUUAUUUCAUAAUUGAUUUCAGCUGGAGAUGGAUUCUAUGUCAACACUCUACUUCCAAUUGUUACUCAUGUUAUCUAUCUAUAAGGAUGUAGUGAGGAAGUUAAUCAAUAAAUAUAUUAAGUAAUACAUCCUAUGUGGUUAUGUGAAUGUUUUAGAUUAAGAAGAAGAUUAAGAGAAGAUGAAUAUUAAGUUAGAAUUAAAUCUUCAUUUGAAUAGACUGCUGUUAAUAGUUUUGCUGCAAGUUAAGAAGAAAUUCAAAGAGAUUAAUUUGUAUUUGGUAAAAUCCCUGAUUCAAGAGCAUUUGGAGAAGAAAAUAAUAAUACUUCAAAAUUUGGGCUUAAAUCUUAAUCAUUUAGCAAUAAUAAUAGCAAUAUGCUAGCAUUUAAUAGAUUUUCAACUAAUACUGCAAAAAAAACUAAAUUAUUUGAAUAAUGUUAAAUAUUUGUUUUUGAUCAUCCAACUCUUGAUAAAGCAGUACUUACUUUAUUAAAUGAUAAUGGAGCAUUAGUAGAAAGAUUAACUUAUCCUAUGAAAGUUAAAGUUUCAAAUUUAAAGAUAAGCAAAUCAAAAGCUGUAUUAAUAUUUUUAUUACCUGAUCAUGAAUAAUGUAAAGAAACUAUUUAAAUUAUUGAAAAAGAUUGUAAAGUUUAAUCUAUCAAAUAUUACAGUUAUAGAUGGGUUAAUUAUUGUUUAGAAAAGAAUCUAUUGGAACUUUAAGUAAUUAAUAAAAAAUUAUAUCAUUUACAACCUACUAAUUAAUAAACACCUACUCUAUUUCUAAAAAAUAAAUUGAUAUAUGUUACAACAAAAGAUAUUAAUCAAAAAGUUGUUUUUAAAGAACUAGCUAAAAUAGUUACAGGCAAAUUUCCAGAAUAUAAAUUAUCAGAAUUAGAUUAUUAUGUCUCAGAUAAACAAGGAAAGAAAUUUAAAUAAAUAUUAGAAAUUAAUAGAGGAGGUAGGUUAAUGAAUUAAAUUGAAAUUAAAGAUAUUGAUUGGUUGUUAUAAUAAUACAUUAAAUAAUAAAAUCAAUGA